AUGUUUUUUCGUUUUUGUAUUUUUGUUUAUUUGGCAUUGAUUACUGUUAAUAGCCGUAUACUUAAACCAAAACGAUCAUUACUGUCAUUAAAUCUUGUCAAUGAAAUUAAUUCAGCACAAACAACAUGGAAAGCAAAACCAUCAAAAUUUAUGUCAUGGUCACAAGAAUCAAUUGAACGUUUAAUGGGUGUUCAUCCAGAAUAUUUUGAACAUCAUAAAGAACUUGAAAUACUUGAACAUGAUGUACCAAAUGAUUUACCAGAAAAUUUUGAUGCACGUGAACAAUGGCCAAAUUGUCCAACACUUAAAGAAGUACGCGAUCAAGGAAGUUGCGGCAGUUGCUGGGCUUUUGGCGCUGUUGAAGCUAUGUCUGAUCGUAUUUGUAUUGCUUCAAAUGGUGCUCAAAAUGCACAUAUCUCAGCUGAAGAUCUUGUUUCAUGCUGUAAAAUAUGUGGUUUUGGUUGUAAUGGUGGUUUUCCAGAAGGUGCUUGGUCAUAUUUUAAAAAAACAGGUUUAGUAACUGGAGGUAAUUAUAAUUCGCAAGAAGGAUGUCGACCAUAUACGAUUGAAGCAUGUGAUCAUCAUGUUAAUAAAACUUUACCACCUUGUCAAGGUGAAGGUAAAACACCUAGUUGUUCUAAAAAAUGUAUCGAUAGUUAUUCGAUUCCAUACAAUCAAGACAAACAUUUUGGUGCUAGUGUUUAUUCAAUUCGAUCAGAUGAAAAACAAAUUCAAACUGAAAUCUACAAUAAUGGACCUGUAGAAGGUGCUUUCACUGUCUAUGCAGAUUUUCUUUUAUACAGUUCAGGUGUUUAUCAACACACAUCAGGAUCAAGUCUUGGUGGUCAUGCCAUAAAAAUUCUUGGUUGGGGUGUAGAAAAUUCGGUACCAUACUGGCUUGUCGCCAACUCAUGGAAUCAAGAUUGGGGUGAUAAUGGUUUCUUCAAAAUCCUUCGUGGUAAAGAUGAAUGUGGUAUUGAAGGUGGUAUUGUUGCUGGUGCACCAAAACUCAAUUAA